AUGUCUUGCAACCGCUGUUCACAGUCCAGCAGCACACCCGCCAACUUUCUUUUACUGUGCAGAAGCUGCCACAAACACUGGCAUCAUAGAUGUCAUCCCCCUCCCCUCAAAGACGGUGAACUCCUUCAGCUCAUCUGCUCUCAAACCGCAGGCGAUCGUGAUAAUGGCCUCGAUAGUUGGAUAUGCAAACGUUGUAGUAAGAAAAAUCAAGCGGCUGAAACCAGCAGCAAAACUGCAGCUCAGUCGCUGAGACCGAAACCGGACGACAAUCAACAGCCACUGCCCUCUGUUCAGGCGCAAGCAUCGCUGGGGCUUGCACUUCCGAAGGACAAGGGGAAAAUCGAUCCAAACGUUGCAACUCGCGGCAGUGGGACAGCGGGACCUAGCAUCGAGACAACCACCCACAUACUCCAUACCGCCGAACGCACACAACACAACGACCAUGGCAGCCAGCACCAACAACAGCAGGACAAUCAUACAGGUAGCCAGAUGAAAAGUCUAGGUGCUGAAGAACUACGCUCCGCGAUUUUGCGCUCUGACUGUCUACGUUUUCCAGAUAACAAUAAACUUCCGACAACUACAGUCAAAAAGCUCCAAGUGAAACGUGUGCUCCAAGAGCAACACCUGGAUGGUCCUAGAGCGGAUCGUGACUAUCCCCAUAGAACGGAGACCUGUCUAGAUCAGCCCGCUGUGCCUUCCAAGUACGCCCGUGCUCCAGAUGGAAAGAAGGUCGUCUCGUCCGGGUAUCCACCGAAAGUCGAGCAGCUUAAAGAUGAAAACCGUUUAAAUCCUUCACACAUAGAAAAACCUGUAGCAACAAAAGAAGAUACGCCUCCCUCUCGCUCUGUUACUUUGUUCUCCGAAAGGAUUUGCUCUCCAUUCACUUCACUGCCUGUUAACGAAGAGGAACACAUUCACUAUGAUUCGGUGGUGAAGAGUCCUGGGGGCAACGGGCAGGAAGUGGGUACUCGUACAGAUACUCCUUCAGGAACCCCUGUUGGACAUGGCGACAUCGAGAUGAAGGAUGACAGUGAUGAUCUCUACGGACCUCCUGUCCCACGGUUUAGUAGUUCCACUCCCAUUCCAUCCAGUUCGAGACCGUCUAGCGAGCAGCAAGGAGGUUCUGUGAUGCAGGAAGGUUGUCAGACGACCCAACAACAAGGAGUUUUUCAAUCGCAUCAUCAAUCCGAAGGCCAGAGCAGACUUAAGCAAACACCAAAGGCAGAGACACAACCAUUGCUGGGCCCUGAUUGGUUGAAAGCUCGAUACUCGGUUGCCGAUGACCCAUGGUGCCGUCUCUGCGAUCCACAGCGCCGAAUGUAUAGUGUCAGCAGACGCAAGAAACCUACAACUAAGUUUCUUGGUAAUCCGGUGCAAUCGGUGGCGACAACAGAUAGAGAACUACUCAGGUUUUUUUUCUGUCGCGACUGGAUUCAGCAGACACAAGCCAAUAUUUGA